AAAUAUUGUAAUGGGUGUGCGCAAAAUUGAUUUUAGGAGUCUAUUCCGCGCUGCAUUCCAAUAUUUGCCAAUUCGAGAUUCACCAAACGAGAAUCCACAUGUUGAGUUGGCAUUACAACCUGGAGAAUUAGUUUUGGUGCACGGCCCGAUGGACGAAGACUGUUUCUAUUGGGGAGAAACAUUGGAUAAUCGUGCCGGUCUAGUCCCUUCAAAUUUUGUGCAGAGGGUAUCAGACGAGGAAAUGUCCAAUCUUCUUCAACAGACUUCCCUCCAACAACCCUCAACCUCAAAAACAUUUGUCCCAAUAGAAGAAAAUUUUUGUUGUUCGUCAAUCCCCUCAACAUCAACAAUAACAACAACAACAAAUGCUGCUACACAAAAUAAUAAAAUUUUUAAUUUAAAACAACAAUCUCCACUUGUUAUUAAUAGAGUAGACUCUCCCUCUUUUGUGUUGUCUGUUCCCCAACAUUUAGCGCAAAUUAGACACGAUUUUACAGAAUUAGAGAAACAACAAAAACAUUUGUUGCAACCUGAUUCGGUUUGCCCUUAUCCCCCUACCGACGUUAGCAAAAUUACGGUGCAAGAACUAAAACAUCCAGACAAUCCAAGAAUUCCCUAUCCACGUGAUUUACAAGUAGAAAGACGUCUUUCCCGUUCUUUGCUCAUUUCUUGGUUGCCACCAGAAAGUGGGGGUGGAAUUCCUCUACAUCAACAAACAAUUAGCCAAUAUCAGGCAUUUUUGUUUAUUUUGAAAAAUUAUUUUUCCUUAAAAAAGGUCUGUUCAAAUAACCAAAUAUGUGCAGUUGUGCCCGGUUCUUUCAAGUGCCGUGCCUUGCUAGAAGACUUGGAUUUAGAUAAAUUUGUUAAUGUUUCUGUACGCUCAGUUACUUCGGAUGGGUUAACUAGCCCUGAUGCUGCCUGUACGUUGGCUGUAGGUUCUGAGUCCCCCGUUGCUCCACAACAUGUUCGUGUAAACAAUUUAACCCCAACAUCAACACAACUAAGUUGGUAUCCUUCAAACAGCAAUACCGAACAUAUAAUUCUCUUAAAUGCAAUAAAAGUUGGCGUUUGUCCGCCUGCUGUCUUUCAAGUUCAAAUAAACGGCCUUACACCCUCAACAAUUUAUCGUCUCUCUGUUAGAACAAAACAUCCCCGCGCUGUUUUAGAAAAGAGGCCUGUAGAGAGAUGUGUAGACUUUAAAACGUUGCCUAAAAUUGGCCUUCCAGACCCUCCUUUAGAGGUUAGAGCAGAAAAUGGGCCCCAGCCUGGAACUUUGCUUGUCUCUUGGAAACCAAAUUCCUCACAGCCAAGGCCUCCCUCACGUGCAGCAGUUCAAAGCUAUUUAGUCUAUGCAGACGGUCGAUGUAUUGCUGAAAUCCCCGGGUCAACAGCAGAUCAUGUUCUGUUGAGGCUUUCUGAUUUUGCUGAUGACCCUCCAAUGUUUAUUACUGUCAGAACUAAAACUAAAGAAGGAAAUGUUUCUGCUGACUCUAAAGUUGUUCGAGUACCUCGUGGUGGAAAUGGAACGACAAAUGAGAGGGAAGGAGUCGUCAUUAUGCAAAAUAAUUCUUCAUUGCCUUACUACUCUUCAGAUCGACUCAUUUCCUCUGAAAAAAAUUAUUCUUCCCCAAAUAAAAUUCCAAAAGGACUUUUAAUUAUACCAACAAAACAACAAUACCAACAAAAUACAUCGGCAACCUCCUUACAAAACAACAUUAACAGAUGGGAGGAAAAACCAGCUCCACUUACAAAUGUUACUGAUCCUUUACAACAACAACAAAGCUCUUAUCAACAACAACAAUAUUUUACUUUUCAUCCAAAAACUUUGGAUAAGACUUAUUAUAAUCCUCGAAAUGGGACAUCAACAAAUGACCAAAACAACGGAAAUACCCAGCAACCCAACAGCACUCUAUACUUUUUGGAGCAGAAUUAUCUACAAAAACAUCAACAACGUCAAAGACUACAUUCUGCAGCACCUUCAACUUCCCGUUCAUUUUUGCAAAGUAGAGCUUCAAAUAAUAACAUUCUCCCUUCCUCAAUUCCUUCACAAAUAGCCAAGAAAAUGUUAAAAACAAAUUUUUUACAACAACAUCAUCAACCCCCAGAAAGUACUAGAAGUGAACCAGAUUUAAGGCCCCUGAGAAGAGAUGAAAUAAAUAGCCGUUGGUUUGUAGCUAUUCAGGAUCAUCAGCCUAGAAUGGGGGGAAUGAAUGAAGAAUUGCUUUUUAGAAGACACCAACUUAUUAAGGUUUAUGGGGAUGUGGACAUGAACGGCUUCUUUUGGGCUGAAGCUAGAGGUCGUUAUGGAUUUGUACCUUUCAACAAAUUAGUUGAAAUUGCUAAAGACGACCUUUUUCUGGCCGCUGAACAACAUGCCGGGACUUCUAUGCCAGAGGGUGGUCAACAACAACCUUGGGCUGGAGGGAUUUCGUCCAGUCAGCGUAGAAUGAAAUGGGGUUCAAUCAAGUCAAGGAGUUACGAGCACACAGAAAGCCAAGGACGUUAUGGGAACUACCAUGGAGCCGUUCAAGCAGAUUAUGAACCAGGACGGGGCUCUCAGCCUUUGUAUUACCCCGAUCCUUACGUUGAGAGAACAGCAAGACGAGGAAGACAACUUCCCGAGUAUCGUGGAGCAACCGUUGGGGUUGGAGCUCCAAUUGAACAGAGAAAUCUGCCCAACCUUGGAGAUGUCAAAACAACUAGUGGGGGUGUUGUUGUGGGUAGAGAAAAGGAAAAUGCCGCUCUCCGUUAUCGUUCUCCUCAAGUAAAUGGUGGAGGAACUAGACAAGGAAGGGAGAAAAAGAGGAUAAUGAUUCCUGAAUCGUCUACUAAAGAGGAAGAAGAACAAAUGGCAGAAAUUUCAAAAUAUCAGCAACAACAAUAUAGCAACAACUCCAAAUACUAUCAACAACAAAAAACUUCGCUAGAUGAAGAAGAACAACAACAGGAUGAUGGGUUUUCUUAUGAUGAACAACAACAAGGAGGGGGAGAAUAUCAACAAUUGAGAGGAAUUCAGAGCCAAUUAAUGAUAGCUAAAUAUGACUAUGAUUCGAGGCAUCUAAGUCCUAAUGGCGGGGGUUAA